AGGACCCGCGGACGAUCCGCAAGAUCCUGAAGAUCGACCAGAACGUCGCGCUAGCGUUCGCCGGCCUCAACGCCGACGCCCGCAUCCUGGUGGACAUGGUGAGGGUUCACUGCCAGGGCUACCGCACGGACAUGGAGGACGUUCCAACUGUUGAUUAUGUCGCGCGCUAUGUUGCAGCUGAACAGCAGAAGUACACGCACAAGGGCGGCGUGAGGCCGUUCGGCAUCUCCACCCUCAUCGGCGGCUACAACGCCAAGGGCAAGCCAGCCCUGUUCCAGACCGACCCGUCUGGCACACACUACGGAUGGUCGGCUACUGCCAUCGGAAAGAAUUCGAAGACUGUCGUCGACUUCCUCGAGAAGAAGUAUAAGGAAGACAUGGACAACGACACCACCGUGAAGCUGGCGCUCAAGGGGUUGCUGGAGGUCACCGAGGCUUCUGGCAAGAACAUCGAGAUAGUGUUGAUCACCCAGGACGGCAUCAAGUGGUUCACCGACGAGGAAGUGGAGCCCCUCGUCAAGGAGCUCGACGACACUGCCGAGAAGAUCGCCAAGCUCAAGCAGGAGGCCUAGGGGGUCGGCGACGCCUCCUCGCUGAGCCGCGCCGCGGCUGCCGGGCAGAUGGUGUUGACGGGGGAGCAGAAAGGGCACGGGCGGUCCGGCCAUGGCCGCAGGAGGGCCGUUCCCCUCGGCGCCCGUGUCCCCCCGCGCUGACCAGAGCCGUUUCCCUCGGCGCCCGUGUCCCCCCCACGCUGAAGUUCCUCCACCUCGAUCCGCCGCCAGGGGUCCCGAGUCGGCUCGGCCCUCUCCUCGCCCGAA